CCUAUGACAUUCAAUUCGGCGCAAAUUUCUCCGUCUCAACCCCUUACACUCCAACCCCAGAUCGUGCUCUUGCUCGUAGGCCUGCCCGGGUCAGGCAAGACCACCCUCUGCGAGGCCCUCGUCCAGCACUCUGCGCAUUCGCUCGCGCCUGUUCGAAGAUGGGUCAGAGCAUCUCAAGAUGAUGCCCCGGGACGACGGCGGCAAGAGUGCGAGGCGGUGGUCCGACAGGCUUUGGCAGAAGGGUGUAAUGUCGUCGUAGACAGGGUCGGCUUUGACCCAAUUCAGCGAAGCCACUUUAUUCGCCUCGCAAAUUCCCAUCACCCCCGCCCCUCCAUCUACGCUCUCACGCUCUACGUCUCCCCUCCCACCCUCUCAGCCCGCCUGCGCAUUCGCCCGUCCCAUCCUACCCUCACAACCCCGGAACUAGCGCUGAGCGUCUUGAGGCAGAUGCUGGCGGUAUUCGACCCGCCCAGACCUGGCAGAAUAGAGGGCUUUAAUAGGGUCAUGGAACUGCGCGAGGCUGGUCAGCCCAAGGGAGGCGUGUGGACCAGGGAGUCUGUAGAGAGAUUGAUCAGGGAUAUAGGAGUGUAUGGGAAUCAAGAAAUU